GGAAGAGGUCAGGGGCUGAUGUCGCUCCUCGAGACCAAGGCCCCGGCCAUCGGGUUCGACAUCGGCAGCUCCGGCGGCGUGCACGGCCUGGCGCUCUGCCGUGGGGACGUCCCCAGGACGACGUGCGCCGAGUGCAUCCGCUCCGCGGGAGCCCAGGCCCAGCGCCUCUGCUCGUCCAAGAAGGACGCCGUCGUGUGGCUCGACGCCUGCAUGCUCCGCUACUCCGGCGAGCCGUUCUUUGGCGAGGUCGACGACGACCACAGCGCCGUCGUGCCGGGCGGCGUCCAGAGCACGGCGAGGUCUGUCCAAUUCGACAACGAGGUCGCCGGCAUGAUGAAGAGGCUCACAAGGACGGCGUACCUCUCGCCGCUGCUGUUCGCCGCCGGGGCAGCCGAGGCGGUCGUCGGGACGCGGAGACUGCACGGGCUUGCGCAGUGCACCAAGGACCUGUCCGGUUUCGCACCAAGGACCAAGGUGUGGUCAGGUGACUUAUAAGUCAGGUGGCAACCAAACAA